UUCCAUUUAUCUAUCCAUCACAUUCUCACUUGCUCUUCAUCCAGAUCCCAUCCCAUAAUUGAACCAGCCAAUUAACAUUUCUUAAUCCCAUAUCUUAAUCACCCAUCUUAAUAUAAAUACACAGCUACUUGAUUAGCAAAACUAGUAAACAAACCUGCAAUCAUUUCAUUUCUUGCCUUUUGCAUUAGAAAUGGGAACUGGUUGGAGAAGAGCUUUUUGCACAACAAUCCCAAGAGAUCCCCAAGCCACAACCUCAUCAUCAUCAUCAUCACUAGAUAAUAACAAUAACAAGACUCAUUAUCAUGUUGUUCAUGGCCCAGAUGAUUCUAUUAGUCCUGCACCAACCCCAAGAAGCUUUUCUAAGCUAGGAGCUAUUUUCUCCGGUGGACUUGGCAGUAGUAGUAACCCUUCUACGCCGCGGCUCCGUGUCAAGACCACCACGAGAUCAUCGUCAUUCACGUCCUCCACGGCGGCUACGCCGGUUAAGAAAGACACCACCCCGAAACUACGGUGCAAAACCAUGCCCAACACGCCGACUUCUAAAUCUUUGAAAAUACCGUCAGCUAAUCAUGGUUCUUCCAACCCUUCCUCUCCUAGAUCCCCUUUCUCCAUCUUCAAGAACUCCCUCCGUCUAUCUCGGAAUAAUUGUGGAGUGUGUAUGCAGAGUGUGAAAAGUGGACAAAAAACGGCGAUUUUCACAUCAGAGUGCUCCCAUUCUUUUCACUUUCCGUGCAUAUCAAACCACCUGAGGAACCAAAACUCCCUGUUUUGCCCUGUAUGUAACGCAGCCUGGAAAGACGCAAUUCCAUUACUUUCGAUACAUCAACCACAACAGCCUCCGCAGGUAGAAAAAAAUAACAACCUGAUCUUCAAAACACCAACUUACAACGACGAUGAGCCGCUUAUUUCCACCGUAUCAUCCAUCAAUUCCAUCCCAGAAAUUCUAGAAAACGACGAUGAAAUCGAAGAGUUCAAGGGCUUUUUCGUAAAUCCAGUGUCCUCGUCUAUUUCAAUCAACAAUGCGAAAGUCGAAACGAGAUUGCUCCCCGAAGUUGCUGUUAUUUCUACAUGUCACACACACGAGACAUACGUCGUCGUUUUGAAAAUCAAAGCGCCUCCGCCUCGUGUUAACGGUGUUGCGCAGGCGAGGCGUGCGCCAAUCGAUUUGGUCUCGGUGCUUGAUAUCGGAGGUAGCAUGACGCGCACGAAGCUAGACAUGAUGAAACGCGCCAUGCAUUUAGUCGUGUCUUCACUCGGCUCGGCUGAUCGGCUCUCAAUCAUAGCUUUCUCAGCCACGGCUAAGCGGCUCAUGCCGCUUAAAGGAAUGACAUCACAAGGUCAACGAUCAGCUCGGCGAGUCAUAGACCGAUUAGAUUUGCACAGCGGAAGCUGCGCUGGUGAUGCGUUACGCCAAGCCACUAAAAUACUCGAAGAUCGGCGCGAGAGAAAUCCGGUGGCUAGUGUCAUGUUAUUAUCUGAUGGUCAGGAUGACCAACCGCGACAAGAUAAUAAUUCUAAUAAUCGCCCUGUUGCGAAUCACGGGUCCUCGACGCGGUUUGCUCACGUCGAGAUUCCCGUUCACUCGGCUGGCUACAGUCACGAGCCAGCCGAGGACGCAUUUGCUAAAUGCGUCGGAGGAUUAUUGAGUGUCGUUGUACAAGAUUUGCGUGUUCGAGUCGGUUUCGCGUCGGGUUCUGAUCCAGCUGAAAUUUGCGCUGUUUAUCCUUGCAAUCGUCCAUCAGUCUUUACCUCAGGUUUGAUCCGGAUCGGAGAUUUGUACGCGGAGGAAGAGAGGGAGCUGCUGUUAGAACUGCGGGUCCCGAUUACAAGCAACGAGGGCCACCACGUGCUAUCCGUUUGUUGUUCUUACAAGGACCCAGCGACACAGGAGAUAAUACAUGGUACAGAUCAGCCUCUCCUUGUGCCAAAGCCACAAGCAUUUAGAUCCUCAAUUCCUAAGAUCCAAAGGCUAAGGAAUUUUUUCAUUACUACGAGAGCAAUUGCCGAGUCUCGGCGUUUAAUUGAGCUAAACGAAAUGUCUAGCGCCGUGCAGCUCCUGGCUUCGAGCCGGGAGCUGCUGGUGCAAUCGGGUUGUCUAGGGGAGGAGUAUGUUCCGAAAUUGGAAGCGGAAUUAUCGGAAAUAAGGUGGCGGAAGGAGGUCGAGGAGGAGGUGAUGCAACGGCGACAAAGGAUGGGGGAGGAGAAGGAGGAUCGGCUACCUAAGGUGUCUUGUGCGAAGAAGUCUACUAAGAGAGUGAGCGAUUUGCAUGGUUUCGAAAAUGCAAGGUUUUGAGCAACUUUGUACUCUCACUUCAAUCACUAGCUUUAUUACUUUUCUAGUUAACCAUAAGUGAAUUGUGUAGUUAAUUACUUACAGUUACGGACUGUAAUAAUCCCUUUUCUAAAGUAGUACUAGUACUUGGCUUUUGAGUA